UUUGUCCACAACGACGAAUAUUUUUAUACUCGCCACACAGCGACGGGACACGAACUUUUAAUUUCUGAGUAGCCAAACCAAGAAAUUUAAAAUAAUUUCAAUAUAAUAACCUUCACCCAAACUAAGCAAGACUAUUUUUGAAGCCUAAAUUACUAAAAGGUCGACACGAUGCAGACGGACAAUGACUUACCCACCCAAAUGGAAAUGAAUCGUUUGGCCGUGAGUGACUUAUCCUCCCAACAAAUGGAUGUUUCCACCACUACGCUGAUAAGUCAUUGGGAUGACAGUGAGAGUGACUUAUCGACCCAACAAACGGAUGUCGCCACCAGUGCGUUAAUGAAUCCUUUGUUACUGAACCUGAUCUUCUCCUACAUGGAUGCCCCCACCCUGAAGAAAUCUGUCCGACCCGUCUGCACCCUGUGGGCCGACCUUGGUGCACCCUUCCUCGGGGGUAAGACCACACAGACGUACUCGGAACAAUUGGGUUGCGGCAUGUACACCCCUGAAAUUACUGGAGUUGCCUCAUUUCACUCAAAAUUGGUCAGGAACGUCAAACUUGUCGCGUCCACGUGUCCCUGCGAAUGGUCGGAAAGAUUGCCGGAAAAUUUUGUCGCGGUCCUGCCAAAUAUUGCGCGUCAUUUGGAGGAAAUUGAGGUCAAAAUUGGCUCCUCAUUUUUACACGGGCUGCACAAAAUGUGGGAAUCACACCGUUUCACCAACCUCGCCAGGAUUUCGAUCACCGUUUUGUCCUCGUAUGACGAAAAUGGUAGAUGGAUUCUUGCCGGGUCGUCGUAUCCGACGAUGGGAAACGUUACGAUGAUUUCAGUCAUCAUGGGGGACCAAUACAACCCCAAUACGGACGGUAUGGCAGCCUCCAUUUGUCAAAAGCUGCUCAAUGCUGCCCCCAACUUGGUCGAGGUGGAGGUGAAGGCCAAUUUUUACCUGGAUUUCGCCCCCUGCAAGAAACUGACCAGGCUGACGUACAAGUUCGUUCAAUUCGUGGACUUUGCCACGCACGAGCCCACCGAGGUCAUGGACUUGGGCAAAAUUGCUGAGAUGUUGACCCCGUGUCGGGAUUCCCUGGCCGAGUUGAGUCUGUACUAUGUGGGUCCGGAUGGUGGGCACGACGACGAUGUGCCACAGACUUUGUCGCUCCCAUCCUUCCCAAAUUUGACGCGUCUCACAAUCUCUUGCAUGGAUGGUUACUUCCGCCACUUGGGUGAUUGUCUGUACACGACGCACCUCCCAGCUCUGACCCAUGUCAAGCUCGCCGCUUCCGACAAAGAAAGUCUCACCCUAACCCUACCCGAAAUGUUUGAACAUUUCCGCCAACCUCACGUCGGAAUAGUGUCGCUUGACGUGGAUGCCGCGUAUGACGGGGAGGCAGAGAAUGUUGCCGCUGCCGCCGUGAUGGUCCGCCUUUUCCCCGCCGUGACAAAGUUGCAGUUAAAGCUGACCAUUUCCGAGGACCUGAAUUCCGUCGCCCUCCGACGCCUGAAGGAAACCCUGCGAAACUUGGCGCCCUGGGAGCUAACCUCGGCCUUGGUGGAGGUGCAAAACGUGAAAAGUUCGGGCGUCGUAUUAGCCACGAUGCAAGGUUUGGCGAGAUGGAAGGGCUUAGCACACACGGAAGUUCGACUUUGCGGAAAAGUGGGAGCAGUUUUGGUCCCGGGGGAUGCCGUGAAAGCGAUUCUUUUAACCUGCAGGGAGGUGAAGUUGGUUAAAAUGUCGGGAUUUUUGAUCAAGGGGAGGGAUAAAUUUCAAGGAUUUAUUGACGCCAACCGUCUCCCUAUUACUUUGUCAGAGUAAAUUCAUCGCAAGAAAGGACUCGUUUUUAUGUUUUAAGUAGCAAUGUAUGUACAGUUGGAUGGGAUGGGAGUAUGUAAGUUUGGGAUUUUGUAAAGGAUGAAACCUCGUGGUGUUUUGGUACCAUCUGUUUCGAACCUUGUUCAUAAUUGGUUUCAAUUUAAUUUGCAUUAUAAAAUGUAAGUGAACAAUGGUAAAUAAAUUGUUAAGCUUGUACAAUAGAUAGAUAAAUUGUGUGUACAUACGUA